AUGGCAAUCGUUCGGCGGGUCAAGAAAGCCGUCUCCUCCAAGCAGGAAUUGAAGAAUUUCUUGCAGACGAAAGAGAGAGGAGAAUUCUUCAACGAGGAUCUUCUUCCUUCGCCUCCAUCUCAUCGCACUUGGACAGCUUUGCAUUUCUUUGCGUACUACUUGACGCAAACCUUUUCGCCAAGCUCUUAUAAUCUUGGAGCAACAUUGAUCUCUAUCGGAUUGAAAUGGUGGCAUGGCAUCAUCGCCGCAGUCAUCGGCUCCGGCAUCCUUAGCAUCAUCGUCAUCCUAAACUCAAGAGGAGCAACCAGAUACCACAUCGGAUUCCCCACGUAUGUGCGUGCCAGUGCUGGCAUUACCGGGUCCAAGCUGUUCAUUGCGGUGAGGGCCUCUGUUGCCAUCAUCUAUUUCGCGACCCAGUCAUACUAUGGCGGCCGCAUUACCUCGGUUGCCUUGCGCGCCAUUUUUGGCCAUGGCUGGGAGAAGAUCCCCAACAGACUUCCCGAGAGCGCGGGAAUUACGUCCCAAAAUCUGCUUGCCUUUUUUAUUUUCUGGAUCAUUCAGUUCCCCGUCAUGUUUGUCCACCCUACCGUAAUCAGGCAUCUGUUCGUCGUCAAGUCUGUCGCGACCACCGCUGCUCUCUUUGGUGUAAUGGGAUGGGCUAUCCAUGCAAAUGGCGGCACUAUUGGUGACUUCGAUUUUGGCGGUACGGCAUUGAAGGGAGGAGCUCUUGUAUGGCCGAUGAUACAGGCCAUCAACUCCAUCAUGGCGGCACUUUGCCCCAUUCUCAUCAACCAGCCAGAUAUCGCCCGAUAUGCAACCAGUCCAGCGCAGGCAACGUGGUCGCAGUCGACUGGUAUCCUCAUCAGUAAGGUCAUCGUCAUGUUCUUGAGCUGUGCUACGACAAGCGCCUGUACUGGAGUUCUGGGAGAGAGCUACUGGAACGUAUGGGAUCUUUAUGACGCAAUCCUCACAGCUUACUGGGGACCUGCAGCCCGUGCCGGCAUUUUCUUCGCUUGUCUGGGUAUGAUGCUAGCCGUCAUUGCUACCAAUGCAGGCUCCAACUCCCUACCAGUUGGCGCUGAUAUCACAGGUCUCUGGCCAAAGUACAUCAACAUUGUGCGCGGUCAGGUGUUUUGUGCUCUGAUGGCGCCACUGUGCGUGCCGUGGAAGAUCAUUGCCAGUGCUAAAUCAUUCCUUACCUUUUUGGGCUCAUACACUGUCUUCCUCAUGCCAAUUUGCGGUGUUAUGGUUGUGGAUUAUUGGAUUAUUCGCAAAGGGAACAUCCAUGUGCCGAGCCUCUACACCAAGGCUGAUGGCAGCCCGUACUCCUACCACAACGGUUGGAACUUGAGGGCCGUUGCCGCAUGGAUUUCCGGCGUUGCAUUCACAGUCCACGGUAUUGCAGGUUCCCUGGACCCCAACUCCGUCAACCAGGCCAGCAAGAACAUGUAUAAGCUAGGCUUUUUACUGUCUUUCUUGAUGGGCUCUGCUGUCUAUUACGUACUCUGCCUCAUCUGGCCGCCGCCAAUCUACCCGGUAGCCGCGGAAGCAGACACCACUUUUGAGUUCAUGGCGCCGUCGGAAGGAUUCUUUGAGGGCGAGACAGUGGAUGAUAUUCGAGGUGUUAUUGGUGCAGUAGAUAAUACAGAACAAGGUUCUGGAGACUACCAUAAGGGUUCAAUGACGGAGACCUCGAGGGAGAAGUAUAGUGUCUAA